CGCCGGGGCGGCCAUGGCGGCGCUGCGCUGCCUCCUGCUGCUGCUGUGCGGAGCCGCGCUGGGGCCCGCUGUCCACCUCGACUUCGCCGAGCACCGCAGCCAGGCGGCUAAGAUCAAGGUCAACCCUCGCGGCAACCUCUGGGCUACAGGUCACUUCAUGGGGAAGAAGAGUGUCACCGGCUCCCCGCACCUGGAGUCGCCGGAAGAGCCUGUGGUGCCGAUGGUCUUCGGUCCCUCUCUCAGAGCCUUGCUGGAGGACAUGAUGGAACUGCUUACCCGUGAGCUCCUGAAAAUCCUCUUGCAAGAGAGACUUUUGGAUGAAAACCAAGGAAAAUAUGACCUCACUGACCAGCCAGGUGCAGAAGAGGAUGGCUGGCCACUGUCUUCACUGCCGUGAAGAAAUGUCCCCUUUUUCAGCCACCGCAGGGACAAGGAGAUCCUUUCUUCCCUUUAUCUCUGUAGAGAGAGGCCAAGAGGGACACACCUCUAUGCCUGAAGGGAAAGGAGUCUGUCCUGCACAGAGGUCUUGGGUGUCCGAUGUCCCUAUCUUGGGUCUGUGUUGCUGUGGUUGGGAUCCCUCGUUACUGAGGGGCACGUAGCUUUGUUAGCUUGCUGUGCAGAGGAGGUGUGUGUUCAUCGUACUGCUGCAGAGCGGGUCUCGGGGAGCGGGCAGGAGCUCCGGUAGUCCCACUGUGCGUCAGCAGAUCCUCAAGCUCCUCGGUGUGGCUUUUGCUGUGGAGCUCACCCAGCUCCUAGUGGAACCCUGCCCCUGGGAGCAGUGUGCACGCACAGAUCCUCACACAGGACGUGGAGAUGGAAUUGCUCAGUCCGUGUGGCUCUGCUUGUCUGUUGCCUGAUGCGUGCUUCCCUGGUGUCUCGCCCUUUCAAGUCACUGCAGGAAGCAACUGAGAGUCUAAAAGGGAUGAAAUCCUCUUAGGUGGGUCCUACAUGUGCUGUCCCACUGAGCUGCUGUACUUGAGGAGCUAUUCAGUAACACUGCACACAGGUAAAGCUACUCCUGUUAUCCAGGUUUAGGCAGUGCUUGUUCCUGUUCUUGGCUUUUUUUGGGAAGACACAGGUGGAGCAGCAUUGCAGGGAUGCGAGCCUGAGUGCUGCUGAUUGUUCAAGCACCUUCUUGACUCAGUUUCAUCAGACUAAGGUAAAUUGAGGCUUUCCUAGAGAGCUGGUCCCAUCGGGAUAGAGGGUUUUCCACCCUGAAGAUCCAGCUGGGCAUGGCUGGAGACACCAGCCCACCCUGCUCCCCUUGAGAUGCUGUGUGCCGUGACUGCUGCGCUGUUGCAGCUUUUGCUUCUCAGAUGCAGCUGAAAGGGAGGAGAGGGCUGUGAAGGCUCUGGACCCUUCUCCAUCCUCCCUGGGGAGCCUUUGAGGAGGAGGAGGGUAUUUGCCGCGCUAACUGAGAUGAUGGGGGAGCUGGUGGAUGCGCUGCCCUGCCUCGUCCGCUGAGCGUGCAGUGUGAGUUUGACAGAAGCGAUCCUUGUGGCUCUCCUCUGCGUAGGUAAGUUGCGCGGUCACCGCUCGCACUGCAGAUAUGCUUGGGCAGAGGCUGCCCCGAGCGCUGGUGCUGUCUUAGGCUGCCAGCUGGGUGCCGGCGCCCCACCAGCCCUGUCUGUGCUCAUUCCUGGUGCUCGAAGGCAGGUCCUGGCCAGGGGUAGCACCCAGCACUGGACAUCAGCCUUUGGUGCCUGCGUGCUGGGUGUCGAAGCUCUGCUGCUGGAGGGCCGUUUGGCUCCUGCUCAAGCAGAUGCUGCCAGCUGCCUUUCCCACUGCCCCAACGCCUCUCUGGUGGGAGGUGGGAUGCCCUGCAUAAAUGUGUGGCAUCGCAGCUUAGGUGCCUGAUGUGCAGCUGGCUCCUACCCCCUGCCUCCUCCUCCCAAAGCCUCUCACGUCUCCUUGGCCAAUGCCAGCUGUCCUCUCGGUGGCAGUGGAGACCUUGCUGGGUGAUGGGUCUGGUUCUGCCCAUCAGGCACCCCUGGGCACCUCACUAGACUCAACUCCAGCCUGCCUGCUCCUUUCUUUGCCACCCGUCCCCCGGGGCGUCUUUGCCUCUGCUGGUUGAUACUGCAGGACUACUUCUCCCUGGUGCCUUUGAGUGCCGUCUGUGUCGUACUUUUCUGUGGGACCCUAUUUUUUUUUUUUUCUUGUGGGUGACACAGUGCCAGUGCAAAUUCCUGCCUCCCUGACAGCUUUCUCCUUCAGUGUGGCUGUUGUUGGACACCUGGGGUCAGCACCUAGCCUGUGUUUGAACUGAUCUGUGUGUCGUGUUCGCCACCUGCCUAACAAGCUGUUUAAUAGCUCUGCUCCGUGGAACUCUGUCCACUCCCUGCUUGGGAUCUGUCACUUCCAUCUCAACUCGGUUUAGUAAAACAAAAGUGCUUCUCCCUUCCUUGGUCACCAAGGCAGGAAUUAACGUGCUCCCCAAGCGUUGCUCCGCUGCCCCAGCACGCGUGCUGUGCUUUGUGGCAGGAUACGUGUCGAGGGAACCUGACUUUUAUUGAAAAACCCAGUGGGCUUUUCCUUUUCUGAGGGUGUUGCUGAUCAUUCACAAGUUGGUUCUUCCUUUCUGUGAGGCUCCUCUAAGCAUUAAAUAAAUCCCAGGGCUUUGUCUUUUUGCUUGCUCUCCCUUCACGUGGGUUAGUUCUGCCUGCUGUGCUGGGGUUUCCCAUCCCUCCGCAAAGCGGGAGCCCUUGCGAUGGCAGAAGGGGUUUGCAAACGGGGAUUUCUGUUUUGUCUUUUUAACCACAUCUGGCAGGCAGGGCUUGGCUCUCAGCAUGCCAGGGCUUCGCGGUGCCACCCUGUUGCUGUGUGUGACAAGGAUUUGGCUGGCAGAGGAGGAUCAUCCUCAUCCCUUGUCGUCUUCUUGGAUGUGUGUCUGUCUCCUGGAGAAAUACUGCCAGGCUGAGACCACGUGUGUGGAGUGGAAUGGCUCCAGGGGUGUGGGGACAGCCCUUCUGCGUGAAAGCAGAUGCUGCCCUGCGCAGCUCUGGGACCUCUGGGCAGUACGUAAUCCCACAAAAUCCCUCUGUAACUCUUCCCCGCUGUCUUUUGUGUCUCUCUGCCUUCUUGCACAGCUCUCUGCUGAAUCACCCCCCGAGGCUGCUCUUGUUCCUGAAGCCCAACCCAGUGGCUGCUGUCUGAGUGGGCUGGUGAAGUUUGCCAGCUGUGGUCCAGCUGUUGGAGCACAAGAUGGGAGGCAGGGGCCAGGCUCCUGGCUCUUUCCUUCUCAUGUGCUGUCCCAAGCCACCUCUGAAAGUGCCACCAUGGUCCAGCACGGGACACUUGUCUGAUCUUCUGCCCCGUGGUACCCAGGCAGGUGAUGUUGUUGGAGACUGCGUAUGGGACCCGGUGUCUCACCAUUGUGCCUUUUCUUGUAGGAGACAGGGCUUUUAACAAAGGUGCUGGAGAAGUAUUUUUCAAACUGAAGAAGCGCAGCCGUGGAGGAUGAGGUCUGCAGGCUCGGCCGUGCGAGGCGAACGGAGGAGAGCAUCGUCCUUGUGGGUUACUGUAGCAACAUCACUUUUAUUUAUUCUUUCUGUAAUAUUGUUAAUAGUGAUUGCUUGUAUGAAAAGCAGAGCCUCCCUGUAUAUUUCCUGUAUGUUUUCUGCUUUCUUGAUGUCUGGUGUGCCCCUGUGAAUAAAACUGGCUCUUUGCA